AUGGACUCUCAGGACGCCAGUAUUAGCGUGGAUUCUCUCCUGAUGGCGUUACGUCCCUGGGGGAAGUGGCAGGUCUAUCAAAUCAACUGGCAGAUGCUGCUGGGUAUACCUGCUGCCUGUCAGCUUCUGGCCAUAAUAGUGUUAGCCCCUCCGCCUAACUUCAUCUGCUCAUCGGAGUUCCAUAACCAGACAGCAUCGCAGAGUGGGUCCUUCAACUGGAGCGAACAACAACAACAGUGUGAGGUGGUGGAUCCUGUGACCAAUCAGUCAGCUCCUUGUGACGCUGGCUUUGUCUACAGUAUGCCCCGGGAAAACAGCAUUGUUACAGAGUGGGACCUGGUCUGCUCUAGACAAUACCUAGCUGAGAUGAGUCAGACGACCUUUACCAUUGGUCAAGGCAUCGGGGGUACCCUGUUUAUGUUCCUGGCGGACCGAUGGGGCCGGAAGUGGGUGUGUCUUCUGAACCUGUGGGCGGCAAUUGUGUGUAGCGUUGUGAUUGCGUUCCUCCAGUCGCCAUUGGCCAUGAUUUUAAUGCGCCUAGUUGUUGGCAUCUUCCAGUCGGGUUACAUCAUGGUUGUGACAGUUAUCACUUUAGAGCUGGUGCCAGUAUCCAAUCGAUCGUACCUGUCCUUGUGGGGUAAUCUCAUCUGGGCGCUUUCCCUAACGGUUUUCUCUGGGUUGAGCUACCUCUGUCGUGACCUAUCUUGGCGUUACAGUCAAAUCGUCCUGACGCUGCCGUGUCUUGUGGUCAUACCCAACAUGAUUUUAUUGGAUGAAUCUAUCCGCUGGCUUCUGGCAAACGGCAAAUUUCAGGCCAUGAAAACGAUAGUAUCCAAGGCUGCUAAAAUUAACGGUAGAAGAGACCAUCCAGUUGUACAGGCAUACUUGGACUCUUGUGACAAAGCCUUAGCAACGGAAUCUGAGGAGAAGCUGGUGAAUGGGGGAAAACUUGAUAUACAAAUGAAUACACGUGACCCGGAAACACCUGGCCAGGAUCAUAAGGAAACGUUACGUAUACGAGGUGUGAGGCAGACGGAAAGACCUGAAAUACAUGGCCCGGUCCACGCUGAAGCACUGGCGACACGAGGUCCGUGUCAGAUAGAGAGUCCGGACACACGAGGUUCAAGUCACCUGGACACACGAGAUGCCGGCUAUAUGGAAGAGACUGAUACGCUUCAACCAGUUUCUACAGAUUCCCCAUGUGAUCUGAUGAAGCACCCAAAACUCAGGCUUUUCACAUCGGUCAUGACAUUCGCAUGGGUCACUAACAACUGGGUGUACCUGGGCAUGUUUCUCACCUCUUCGUCUCUGGCAGGAAACCCCUAUCUGAACCUAUUCCUGAACGCCGUGGUGGAGAUCCCUGGUGGCGUCAUAACCUACUUCUCUAUCGUCAAGAUUGGUCGAAAGUACACUGCCAUUAUCUUUAAUUUGAUCACAGCGGCGAGUCUGUUGGCUGGUGUCAUCUUGCAGGUCACUUCAGGUUCUGCUGUGAGUAACGCCAUUACAGCCCUGGCGAUUGUCGGCAAGUUUGGUAAUUCCAUAGCGUUCGGGAGUCUGUUUACCUAUACACCUGAACUAUUCCCAACAAACCUCAGGAGCCUAGGUAUAGGCAUAGCCAGCUCCGCUGCACGGGUCGGUGGAAUGAUGGCUCCCUAUUCCAAUCUACUGAUCCGCGUGGCGCCAUGGUUACCGGGUGUACUGUACAGUGUGACAUCGCUGGUCUGCAGCUUAAUAUUCGUCUUCUUACCGGAAACCAAAGACAAGACAUUGCCCCAAAUAAAAGAGGAUGUAGACAAGUGGUACAGACCAAAAUCCAAGUUAUUAGACUAUGAUACAGUUUAUGAACACAGCAAAGCAAAACAAUUCCAACAGGCAUAUCUUUGA